AUGCCAAUCACGUUUGAAAAUCUUCCGAGGGAUUAUGAGCAGCUGCAGGUCCCAGUUUACAUUUUGAAGGGACGCUCAACAGCAAAGUCGUCAGGUAUCAUUGGCGCCUUCAGUGACAAGUUCUCUGACCAAUUCUAUGAAGUAACAGCCGGAUAUUUCAAGGCUUAUUUGCAUCUUAGCCCUGGUGUGAACAAGAUCACAUUGAAACACUUGGAUGGUAAAUUCCAACCCAAUGGCUAUGCAGCCUUCGAUACGGACAAGAAACCUUUUGACCAGGUGACUAUUUCAAUCAAUUAUACUCCGAUACCGGAUAAGCAGUUUACUGUUCCUAAGAUUCACUUAUGUGUGCUAGUUGGAAGAGAUUCCCCAGCGCUGUUUGACUGCCCUGCCAACAAGAUGUAUGAAGGAAAUGGCUUAGCUACCGCCAUAAAAAAACUAAGAGUUGGAGGUAGACUGAUGCAGGCGUUUACCUUGGAUGAAAUGAAUAAGAACGGAUGUGGCAAGCGGUGCUUCCGGUUUGUGGAAGAGGAGACUACCAGUACUGUUAGUUUCCAGGAGGAGAUGAACAAGGUGAAGAGAAGCGAAAUCAAGAUACAUGUUAUAAAGAGUAAACGAUCUGUUGCAGAAAUCAGGGAUGCAAACUACGCACAACAGAACCAACAGGCCAAGGAGGCAGGAAAGUUGUUUGAGUUUGCACUCGAUGCGUUAAAGGAUGCAGGGGGGGUUUUCGCCGAUAAUGCUACAGCCAAUGUCCCUGCUCUUGCUGCUGUGAUGAUCUUAGAUGCCCACUGGGACAAGCCUAGAAACAUGCUUCUUGGCCAUGCUGCGCUAGGAGGAGGAACAGAUAGAAUCAAAUUAGCUAUUUUUGGUUCUCAAGGGCUACAUUCAUGGCCAAUGAAUUGGGAAUCAAUCCACAAGUCAUUUACUGACUGUACAGCAUUGAAUACAAACGAAGUUGUCAAUGAUUGCAAUGAGUGCUCUCAGUAUUGGGAAUGUCUUUGCGUUUCUCUUGGUGCUUUUAUGCACGAAAUUGGCCAUUCUUUAGGUUGCCCUCAUCAAGAAAACGGUGUCAUGUUGAGAGACUAUGUCACUAUGGAUAGGAAGUUUUUGACAUCUGAGGAGAAUUGUAUUCGUACCAAGCGUGGAAAAUGGGGUCCAGUUUUGACAAAGGAUGAACCUGGCUGGAAUAGAUUAGACAUUCUAAGAUUUUUAUACCAUCCGGCAUUUGCAUUGCCGGGCGAUUUUGAGGACACAAAAUUUAGACCACAGUUCACUUUAAUCAAUCAAGGCAUGAAGUUACCAAACGGACUUACAGGAGAGCCUUCUUUUGUUGCAUAUGACGAAGACACACUUGAUAUUUUAUCAGACACUGGGAUUUAUUUGGUUGAAUGCCAUGUUGGAGAAUGGUCAAGGCUUCAUUACGAGUAUAUCCCAAGUUUCUAUCAAGGAUCCGACCCGCAGAGAUACGUAAGAUUGAAAUACAGUGUAAUCCAACAACAACUUGCAAGUGAGUUUAAAGGCAAACCAGUGCAUCUUGAAGUGUUAACAAUGGGAUUUGGCCAACGUUCAAUUGAUAACCUACAGGACUACCUAAAGCAACAUUCCAAAAACAUCACCUUGUCCAACAACAGGUCUGCCAAAAUGUCCGACAAAUACGGCCUUCGGGAGUCGAAACCAAUCGAGGCUGUAUUUCCAGAUAAAGCUAUUGCUUUUUUCAGAAUAAGCCACGGGUCAGCGCUUGAUGGUAUUGAGACCUUUUUUACCGACGGCAGUAAAGUAACUUUUGGCAACCCUAAACCACACUACUCUGAAUUCAAGCUCGAUCCAGAUGAGUUUGUAAUUAGUGUCGCCUUUAGAUCUGGCGCAUGGGUCGAUAGUAUCCAAUUCACCACAAACAAGAGAGUCAGUAAUAACUUUGGUGGUGAUGGAGGCUCUCUACACAAAGUCCCCCUUCCGCAAGGAGGGAAGCUCCUGGGGUUCUACGGUAGUCUCGGAAGCUGGAUUGACCAAAUAGGUAUUUACUUCAAUUGA